UUGUGCCUCGAGAUUCUGUGGUUCUGACGUACAUCCCCUGAACCAGGGCUUCUUUCAUCUGGCACGCCGCAUCAGUGCCUCCGCCAUCUUUGCAUAGUAAUACCUACGAAUAUUAAUACAUAAUGGCGGCGGGAAUUCGAGGUGGAAUGGGCGUGGGAUCCCUCAUCCUGAUCGCUGCUUCAAUUAUGUUUAUGUUCUUCGUCGUUCUCAGUGGUGUUACAAACAGUGUUCCUCUUAGCAACACUUGGUUCUUGCAAGCAGAUACUUCAACUAUCCCCGGUGCACAUCGUUCGACCUCUCAAUGGACAUUCUGGUUCGUCUGCGGAGCCAAUAACAGGGACUGCGGCGCGCCCGUUCCCGCGUUACCAAUUGGUUAUGCUUGGGUCGAUGGUAGCGCUGGAGCUCCCGAAGCUCUCGUUGGUGGACAUGCAAAACACACGACUAGCUACCACUACUACUACACGUGGCGCUUCGGCUGGGUCUUCUACCUCAUGGCAUUUGUUUUGGACGUCUUUGGACUCUUCACCGCUCUCCUUGCUCCCUGCAGUCGUCUUGCGUCUGGCUUGUCGGGGCUGAUCAUCGGCUCAGCUCUCUUCUUUAUGACUAUGGCGGCUUCAAUGAUGACAGCUAUCUUCGUCGAGGCGCGCAACCGGUUCCAUGACGCAGGCCUUUCUGCCAGUAUUGGCUCUGCUGCUUUCGGGUUCACCUGGGCCGCAUGGGCUUGUAUGGUGCUCGCAACAAUCAUGCUCUUCCUAGGCUGUGGUCUUGGCGGUCGUUCCAGUGGCGCUAGCUCGCGAGCUUCCCGUAUCGAUAGGAGCACCCCCACCCAAACCACCCGCAGCCCCCCGCGAGGCAUUAGAACCACAACCGCUGGUAGCAGCCUUGGAUUCUGGCGCCGACAACGCCGCAGGACUGGGCCCUCUGCCUUCCCCGACACCGAGAGCCAGCAUCGAGUCAAGGAUGAGUACGCUUAGAUCAAACCACUUGUUAUCUAAGUUACAAGGAGACUGAUGUGAAGAUGCAGGCGAGAAUCGGAGGAAGGCACCAUAGGGCUUGCAGAGAAGAAGGAGAACGAGAUAUAAUGAACGAACCG